AUCUCCACACUUUGGCUUCAAGGUUAGAAAAACCAGACUGCCAUCUGCCAGUGACGUUUCAACGGCAGUCGGGAGCAAAAGCUUCGUCUGAACGCAACCAUUUUUCAUGAUUGCAAAACAAACAUGUAGUGGUUGGAGCACAAAGCUUAACGCAACCCAUUUUUAAGUACUGAAAUUCAACAUUUUAAAUCUCAGUGCACUUGGAUACCAAUUUCAAAAAUAAAAUCACUCACUUGUUUCCAACGAAGAUGGACGAGAAAAAUUCAACUGAGAGUUCCAAUAUCCCAACAUCCAAGUCACUUAACAACAGCAAUGACGUCAUUGAGAAAAUCAGAAGUUGGAUUCAGUCGGGAGUCAAAUCCAAAUUCCACGAAGAUGCUGUCAAAUACAUCAAGUCGGUAGUGGUACGAGAUCUUUCAUCUUUGGAAAAUACUCUAGUCGAGAGACUAUACGUUAAAGUCGUACUGGAAAUGUGGCUGAAAAACAGUUUACGAAAGACUGUCGAUUACCUCAAUGAUGAAACGAUCGACAUCAGUGUCAAAAUGCCCAUUUUAUUGAAAGAAUUAAAUUCCAUCAAUUCAUUUGAAGAUAUUGGCCUCAAAUUGAACGAAACGACAUGCCAGUUGACAAACCUGUGCGACACAGGAUGUCAAUAUUUACAACUGAUACUCAAUCAGGUGGAUCUUUUCAAAAAGACUCCUCGUUUCUCGGUUCUUGUAGCCAGUUAUUUCAAGGAAUUCAUAGCGUCUUGCGUUGAAAAAGUCUUUUCCAGGUGUCUGGAUGACGUUGGUAAAGAUCAAACUAAUGGCAAGAGAAAUCGGGAACUCAUUGCCGCACUAAAUGCGCUCUUACAAGACGCCAGUGAAGACGUAGAAAUUCAAAAUGUUUUGGAAAAGUUCACGGGAAAGGACGUCAAGGACUUUGAUGACGCAAACGGGAAAGACUUGAUCAACCAACUGGUGGAGAUCUUUGCAAGCUGCAGUGCAAGUAAAAACGAAUCAUCAGAAUGGUUAGAUCAACUAAACUCAGAAAAAGAAUGGACACCGAAAUUGCAAGUUUUGGUCAAAGAGACGUGCAAGGCAUUCCUGUUUCCUAAGACGACGAUCAAAGUCAAAGACGAAUAUGGAAGAAAAAUCAUUUUCAUCAAAGGCGUCUCUGUGUUUGUCAGCAAAAUGAUCGAAGAAAUGAAGCGAUUAAAAGAAAAAUAUCCAGAGCUGCAAGAAAUCCAGAUUGUUGGGCUAUCAUCCGUUCACGUCGAUUGCCACCUAGAGAACGAAACCUGGCACGGAACGAACGUGGGAAUCGUUACGGAUAAGAUCGUUGUGGAUUACGAAGUUUGCCGGAAAGGCCAGCAAAAUAACGCCCAAGCAAAAGAAGAAACUACCAUGAGGAAUGCGACCAGUGAUGUUGCGAACAACUUCUCCGUCUGUUGGGAUGUCUCUGGCGUAAACGGUGAACCUGGUCAACCGGGUAAGAGUGGUGGUAACGUUAACAUAAUUUGUAACGAGAUAAUCGACGCCGAACGAUGGAAGAUUAUAUCAGAUGGAGGCAAAGGAGGUGACGGACAGAACGGAAGUAAUGGGGAAAGCAAAUCGGACGGAAGGCCUCGCAAGUGGUCCAAAGAAUGUUUCAAAAAAGUUUUCCCUUCCAUGUCGACAUUCAAUAAAGGAGAACCAACAACUGACAUAGCUCCAGAAGAUACAGUAAAGACGGUUCUAACGAACGUAAUGGACCGGUUGCCAGUUGAAAAUCGAACAUAUGGCAAAGAUAUCAAACCAGACUACCGAGGUACUUUUUUCAUCGAAGGCACUGCGAAAGAUGGCAGUAAGAUCAGCUUGUCGUUCUAUCAGUCCAAGACAAAACGACACACACUCAUCUUCUGCCAAGGAAGCAACAUCGGACAAGGUGGAUACGGAGGCACCAUCACUUUUGAAUUUAUCACCGGAAAAGACUCGAUUGCAAUAGAAUCGUGGGUUCCAGUCGUCGGUAAGGACGAUCGUCGACCAAGGGCUGUGCGAAUGGGUGUCUACGAGGCAAUGGGCUAUGAUGGCGAAAUAGGAACAUCUGUAGGUGACGUUGCGUUCAUCCACAGCCUCAAGACCCCCAAGGCAUCAGCAAAAGAGAAUCAAACAGGUCAUUACAUCGGCUUCGAAAAUAAUGUUAGCCUUCGGAUGGAACGCAACCCUACGAAACCUACAAGGCAGCAAAACGAUCCUGAGAAUUACUACACAAAACUAAGCAAAGAGCAAUAUGCGUCGAUUGUUUACCGUCGUUUACCCGCAUACGGCCAAGUCCAGCAACUGCAUUCAGAGGUAGUUAAUGCCACGAAAAAGAAGGGCAUCAUUCGCCAAAGCCUCGUUCAGCAGGUUCGUCAAGUGGAUGAACGGAAGCAGAUGUUAGCACGCCUUCAAAGAUUAGACAGCAAUUUUGAGGAAGAAAAAAAAUCUGAUGAAGAAAUGAUAAACAAUACUGUCAACCAAAUGAAAAACAAAGAAACUCAAUUAUAUCAGUUCGGCCUGAUGUCGCAAUCCGGGCGGGGACUAGAGAACAUUGGAUCAAUGAGAUUUGUUAAACCCGCAAUAAGAAAUUGGAAUCUGGGAAAAAAAAUGGAUGUACACAACGUUUUAGACACCUCGCGUUUUUUGGUCAAUCGACGAUCAACGGGAUGUCGCCCGGUUGAUUCCCGAGAAGAAUCAUAUGGCCCCGUCAAAUUCCUUUGCAUGUUGCCUACAACGGAUGGCGUCGAUAGUGCUAUACACAGCAUUUUCGGUCAAAUAAAUUCAAAUGGGAUGUAUGUUUGCAAUGACGUGAAAAUGUUUCGCCGUCGCCUCGCUACAUUUAUCCGCAAAAAGGAAAAGUCUGCUGAAGUCUCUCAUUUCAUCGAGCAGUUUGCACUGCGUGUAAAAGAAAUUGAUGCAUUAGAUUAUCCCGUCGCCAAUAAUGUGAAAGUUGCUUACUUCGAGUCUAAACGGAGCAACUGUGGGGAAAAAAAUUUAACUGGCAAACAUUACAUAGAACAUGAGGAAAUAUUUGAAGAAUACGCUAAAUUUGUUGAGAUACCAUCCAAUCCACUGGAAUCGGCUGAAGUGGAAAUGCUUGCAAAAAUCCAUGGCAGAAUUAUCAAUGUUUACAAUGAUCAAUCAUCAUCAUCAUUCAAGUAUAAGGAAACAUUGAAUGAUAGCUCGUACAAGCAUCACUAUAUUCUCCACCACGGAAACGGAGAAUGGCAACGAGUCGAGCCCAAAAAUAUUAUGAAUAACAUCAUAAUUGACACGGAUUUAUUUGAAUAUCAGUCCAUCAUGACCAAUCCUUCACGUUCCUUCCCUAUCUUCUUAGAUUUCCUUAAAAAACAGAAGGCUGAGAAACAGAUCAUCACUUCUGUGGAGAUGCUCAAUCCUGAAAACGGUGAUACACCGGAUAAAUUGUUUCAGUUGCUUUUGAAACGCUUUCACUCGCAUCAAAAUGAAUGCUCCCAGGAAGAUGACAAAAACGGGGAAAAUUCGAAUUUGAAAUCGAUGUUGGAAAUGAAUAUAUAUAUAUGGAAAUGGAUAAAAGACCUCAAUAGCCGAAAUUUUAGUCCCAUCUUCUACUUGAACAUCAUCAAAAACAACUCGCCCAACCAAUGGAUACGCAAUUUUGUAAUACUUGAAAUAUACGACCAAUUAACUGAGGAGUCCAAUGAAAUCGGUAGUAUACAAAAAGAGUUGGAUAAAAUAGCCGAGGGAAUGCCAUCUCUCUUGCCUGUUUUACGAGAUCGGGUUGUCACAUCCGACAGCUGUGCCGCGUUACAACCCCAGAAUUUGUUGCGGCUUUUAAAAACGAUAGCGAAAGACUGCGGACAAAGUGAUGGAAUUACAAGACAACAAUGGCCGGAGCUUCAACAACUGCCUCUCAGCGAUUGGUAUUACCAUUUAAGAAGCAAAGUGUUGGAAAAGAAAGCCAUCAGCGAUUCGAGUAAUCCUGAAGCCGUUUACAAGUUACUGGAACUCGAAUUCGAAAACGAUCCGAACUUGAAAACUUUGCUAAAUACUCCUAUCCAAAAACGUGUCGAAAGAAACAUUGACGAUAUCAUAAAGACGAUGACAGAGGAUAAACCUAAGCUGGAAGUUCGACAGAGCGUAGCAUACACAAAGAUGUUGCGUGGCAUGAAAGAAAAGGUGGAGAAAUCUAAACAAAAGCCAUUUGACGACAAACCGGAUGAAGAAAGAAUAAAGAAAUUGAUCAGCAAAUGGCAAACGAAAGGUUUAAACGAUACUUCUUUUUUCGAUUUUCUCUACGUCUUUGAUUACGCCGUACAGAAAACGUGCACGAAGGAAGGAGACAAACAAAUAUUUCAACUACGUGACACCCAGAGAGUGGCGAUCCUUACAUUGCUGACAUCCAAAGAAAAAACUACGUUAACACAAGUAUCAACUGGUGAAGGUAAAUCGCUUAUCGUCGCGGGUGUCGCAAUUGCGUUUGCCCUUGGUCGAAACCAAGAAAACAAGAGUAAGAACGUAGACGUUAUUACAAGUAAUGACGUGCUGGCUCACCGUGAUUCCAUGCUGUUGGUAACCGAUGGUGGACUGCGGAAUCUUUACGAAUAUUUCAAUGUCAGUGUAGCAAACAAUUGCAGCCAAUCGGUCGACGAACGAACACAAGCCUACAAUGCAGCAGUCGUUUAUGGACAAUUGGCAAAUUUCCAGCGAGAUUAUUUGCUGGAUAAAUUCUACGAUCACAACAUCCGCGGUGACCGCACCAUGGACUUUGUCAUUAUUGAUGAAGUCGAUUGCAUGUUGCUCGAUCGCGGUAACAAUACGCUAUACCUAUCGCACGACAUCCCUGGCAUGGAGAUGCUCGAAUCUCUUUACGUUUUUAUUUGGGAAAAGAUACGCAGCCCUUCCUUCGGAUCGGAUAAAUUAAACAUAAGGGAAUCCGUCAAAUCAGCCGUUCUGUACGACCUUUACGGUGCUAUAACUAAAGGCGAUUUAGAAUCGAUUCACAACCCAUUGAAGGACCAACCAUCGGAAAAGAAUGCGCUCUGGGAUCACUUAAUUGAAACAAAAGUAAUCGACCCACAAGGACGACUGUUGAUGGAAGACAAGAUUGAAAACAUCAGAUUCAAACAACUUUUGGAUCCCAAAAUUAUCUUUUAUCUCCGUAACGUGGCAAAACGUGAGCGGAGUAUUCGAAUACCUGAGCAUUUGAUGUCCUUUGUCGAUCGUCAUCUCCACAAUUGGCUGGACAAUGCCAUGCAGGCACUGGAACUCAGACGAGACGAGGACUACGUCGUCGAUCAAGACCGAACAGACACUAGUCCGGAUCUCAAUCCUCAAGUGAUUAUCAUCGACCAGGAAACUGGGGUGGAUCAGACUUCGUCGCAGUGGGAUGGAGCACUGCAUCAAUUUAUUCAGCUAAAGGAAGGAUGUAAAUUGACGCCACAAAGUAUAAAAGCCUAUUUCAUUUCUAAUGCAAGAUACAUCAAGACUUAUGAAAAGGCGGCAGGUGUUUCGGGUACGCUGGGAUCCGUAACAGAAUCACAGUUCAUGCAAAGAAACUAUGAAAAUCUUCAGUUUGUCAUCCCAACAGCUUUUCAAAGAUGUUUCUACUUGAAACCAACGCAAGUCUUUAAAUCAAAGGACGACUGGCUCGAUGCCAUCGUCAAAGAAGCACGACAGAUUAUUCAACCUAAAGAUCAAGCUAAAGCUCGUUCUCUUGUCAUCUUCUGUCAAUCAAUCAAAGAUGUGAAAGUUAUUCACCAAGACCUUACAAAUGCAUUAGGAUCAGAACGCAAUGAUAACCACAUCCAUUGCUACACACGUGAUUAUGAAAAGUUUGCUUUCGAAGGUAAAUCACUUAAAAUUGGUCAAGUGAUCGUCGCCACUAACUUAGCGGGCAGAGGCACCGAUAUCAAAAUAAGCGAGAAGUUGAGAGAAAACGGAGGUUUGCACAUUUGUCUAACUUUUCUGCCGAAAAAUGAGCGAAUUGAAGAGCAGGCGAUGGGACGUUCUGCUAGAAAUGGAGCACCUGGAAGUGGAGUCUUCAUCUUGUACGAAGAAUCUCCAUCAGAAAAGGAAUGGGGUGCAGAAAAAUGGUUCAUCAUGAAGGAGGAGCGUCAAUGGAGAGAAAAACAACGGAUAUUCCGUUUGCAAGAAGAUUUCGAGACAAUGAACCAGGAACAAAAAAUUUUUGAUGAUUGGUCGAAAUAUUAUACCAAACUGAAGCAAGAACUGAAAAACCAAAGACGUGAUGGUCAGGAAAUUAAAACAAUCUGCGAGAAUGUGCUGGAUAAUUUUUCUUUUUGGCUUGACCAAUUGGAGGAUUAUCGUGAUCAGCUCCCUAUGGGUGAAUUUGGAAAUGUCAGUGCUGAAUUUAAGUUGUCAGACAUCAGUGAGAUGAAGGACACUAGUUGGAUGACGCCAGUUCGCUCCGUCGCUAUGGCCAAACAUAUGAUUACGCAAAUCGACAAAAAAAAAAGGAAAAAAUCUCUGUCGAAAGCAGGUGAAAUUCUGAAUAAAGUCAUCGCUUCAAAGGAUAGUUCUUUGUAUCCAGCUGCUCAUUACUACCUUGCUUUCAUUUUGUUUGAAGAGGAUUUUGAGGAUAACAAAGACAAAGUCAUUCAAAUUGUGCAAACGUGUGAAACUAUUUUGAACACUCACAUAAACAGGCACUUGUCCUUUUAUCGCAAAGUUCCCCGUGCAGCGCCUGAGCAAACCCCGUCGUUCUGCGUCGUCGACGCCUAUAAACAGCAAAAAAACAAUAUGGUGAAGAUCCUCGAAUAUUUCAUCGGUUCCGUCCGGGCUUUACUUGGCAGUCAUUAUUGCUCAGCCUCUAAUCUCAAGGAAGCUGGGCGAGAUCCCCCCGAAAAACUUGGAGUCGUCAAAAUGAAAAUGAAAAAAAUUCUAACAUCUAUACAGAAACAAAAUGCUUCCCAUUUCCCGCGUUUUCAGAAAAAAAGGAAUGAUGAACCUAAAUGCCACAAAAUUGAUCCCGAAAAAGCGGACAAACUCUUUCAAUCGCUGGUCAAAGAAGAGUGCAUCACCUGUCAGCUCAACGACAUUCAUACAGUCCCUAAUUUGAACGGCAUCAUUCAGAAAGUAGCCGACGAAUACGGAAUCAAGAAUUUGUUAGAAAAUUUAAAGUCCGUCUUUGGGGAGAACUUAAUUGAGGAGCAGAUCGAGAAAAAACUCAAAGAAAAAAAUCUGAUCCCGUGCACAAGAAAGGCGUUUUGGGAGAAACUGAAGAAGGCACGUGCACUAGAAGCGGUGAAAGGUGGAUUGUGCUCUCAAAUGAAAUGCGUCAUCAUGUUGGAAUCCGAAUGCGAUGUCGAACCAAGUAAACCGAACAGCCAAAAACUCGAUCGAGAUAAACGGAUCAAUUUCAAAAUUGAAGACUUUCAGUUUGGAUUGAAUUCUUUCGAUCGCGAGCACAACUGUCUAAACGUGCUGUACAACCCAAUUUACGACAGCAUGAAAGACUUAUCGAAGCAAAACAAAAUCAUGUUCAGUAAACGUUACGUUAUCGAACGACUUGGCAAAGAAGAGUAUCGAAGCCGCAAGGAGGAAUUUGAAUCCAAUCAAAUUGCACAGCUUAACCUCGACAAACUUGAAAGUGUCAGUUUGAAAUUUUCUGACCCGUUGGGGAAGCAUGAUUUGGAACGAGUCAACAUUUUUGGUGACGAGCAGGAUGGCGUUUGGAAUGCGCUAGUUGAUCAGCAAAUCAUUGAUUUAAAUGGCAAAUUGUCGUCCAACUUCCAAAAAUUCAGCUAUCCCGAGUGUCCUGCUUAUGAGGAACCUGUCAUGCGUGUCAUUGGUAAAAUUUUCGUCGCUGAAAUAGUUAAACGUCAAUGGCUAAGGGCUGCACAAGAUCCCAACUGCUUGAAAGCAAUAAAUUUGCUACCAUUGAAACCCUAUCGAGAUAUGCUUGGCGAUUUGAUGGCUGCCCACGUCAUAUCUGGUGCUCGAGUGACGGAAAAUACAAAACUCAUCGAGGAGAAAACUAAUGCACUUGAAGACGAAGACGAGCGUGAAUGUGUUCGCAAGUUUCUGAAAAGCCGCCAAGCUGUUUAUGCUCCCAAGAUGAAAAAAUAUGACGUUUAUCUUGACUUUAUCGAAAUGGAUAUUCGAAAGAUUCCAAACACCGAGAACAUUUCUACGGAACUUCAUAGUUUCGAUCUCGUAGGGUUCAAUCACGUCAUUGACAUUAAGGAUCGAGAAAUGUCAUGGAAAACAUACCUGAGUGCAAUUGGGACCGGUGCUGUUGGUAUCGCUUCGAUUGGUGUUGGAGUUUUCUUGAUUCCCUUAAACCUACUAUCUUUUGGACUGAUCAAGAAUGUAUUGUUCAUGGGAGGAGCAUCAGACAUUUUGUACGCCAUAAUGGCCAUCCUGACGCGCAGCAACUUCUCGUGGGCCGAUUACACUCGUCAAAGGCUAAUGAGUGCCAUAGGAAAGGCAGAACCCAUGGACAUGAUCAAAACAAUUUUCAAAUUGUACAGUUCAACUGAAAACGCUGAUUUCAGAGAGGCAAUUCAAUUGGCCGUCGGCGAGGAAAGAUGGAAACGACAAGGCAGAAGUCAAACAGACAGAGAUAGUGAAGUUUCAUCAGGCGGAACUCUAGAGCGGAUUGGAUUGAAGAAACACAAAACCGAGUUUUACUUCCACAGCAAACUCCAUUAUCUUUUACAAGAUUUGGGCAUCUUUGUACAUGAAAAAACAAAGAAAUGCCUCGACAAAAACUUGAACGAAAUCCGAGAAAGAUUAACCCAAUUCAACGAUCUUCACGGACUCGAAACAUCCCAGCAUUUCGUUAGAGAGAAGAUGAAUAAAUUUAUUUCUGAUUGGGCUACAGAAGGACACAAGUGGGUCAGUGAAAUCACCACUGCCAUGACUUCAAAACUGGACGAGAUUCAUAUGGUCCAUCAACAAACGGAAGAAAUUCCGUUGACACAAGAAAUAGCUGAUAAAGGGAUCCGCGAAAUGGAACCGAUUUUCCAUGACUACGAGGUGCGAAUCAGACGCGUGACUGUCACCUGCAUUAGCGAAUUUCUAUCAGACCUGAAAAAUUAUGACAACCCCGAAGUUGCAAGAGAGGAAGACAUCGGCGUUGAAGAAGCAUUUAAGCGUUUUCCGGAAAGGAUGCUGGCUGACAUAGAGGCUGAGCUGGAAAGACAGGUGGACAAGAUUCUGGACUCUUUGAGGAAACAAAUUCAUCAAGUCGCCUCUAACCAAGUCUCUAAUUUAGACAAAAUUAAUUCGGAAAUAUUCACCACUUUUUGCAGUUUACUUAACCGAAGUUAAAUAUUCAAAAAAAUUUUUAAUUGUCUAAUUGCGCACUGUGAGAGGACGAAAAAUAUUUUCAAACACUUUGGUAUUUUCAGCAAUUAUAGCUUUUCACUUGAUUUAUUCGGGGAGUAUUCCUUAUAGAGCUUUUUUUUUAAGGGAAUCAAUAUUACAUUUCAUUUAAUCCUGUGUGGACACUGAACUGAUUUUUGUUAUCAACUUUCCUUUUCUUUUCUUCAUUUGUUUUACUUUUUAUAUACCACGUAGUGUGUUAUUUCCAUUAUGCUCCAUCGAGUUGAAUACAUAGAAAUUUCAGUUCAAA